UUCUCCCAGCAACUCACAACUCACGACUCUCACUGGGCUCUUCCACCUGCGCAAGUCCUUUCCAAGCAUCUUCCCUGGCUCUCCACGCUACGGACAAUCUUCUUCGUCACUUGCCAGCUCCGAUCUUCACCUUCGUAACCCUCGUUCAGUUCACGACUGUCGCUCUUUCCUCUCCGUCGUCCAUAACCUCACCUAACCUCACCUCACACUUCUCUAAUCAACACCUCUGGAAGCUUCUGUUGAAGCACAUCCGUUUCGCUCUCCCGCUACGAAUAUUGUUUCAACGAAUCCCUGCUCCUCGAGAUCCUAACUACGCGUAGCCCGUCAUCAUUCCAAAAUCCACCGCGACCGCCCGACCUCCGACUCCAGUUUUAGAACCCAGUCCAGAAAAAGAGUCUGACUUUUCACAUACACACACACACACAUGUCUCUACCAAGGUCAGAGCAAUAACAGACAUCCUCCGUCCGUCGCUGCGGCGCAGACGCAUCCGCCAGAUGCACCUGUUGUCGCGGUUCGGCCCACGGGCGACAGCCGCUCUGUUAUUGCUUGCAACGCAAGGAGUGUGCCAGUCGAUACCUCCGCCUAAUCUUGACUUGGGUUCUCUCGGUGAGGUCACGCUCGCAGGCAACUUUGACGCAAUCCAGGUUUAUUCGGGACAACAAAGAAGUAAGAACAACGGUUCACAGUCAGUAUUGUCGCAACUGUCGAACGGAGCAUUCGACAUUCUAUCAUCCACAGACGCCAGCAUUGAAGCUCUUUGCCCGCUCGUACUGCAGGAUGGCUCGUUGUCAGGCGUGGUUGUGGGGGGGAACUUCACGAGUAUUGGCGGUGUCGCAGCAAGAUCAGCCGCACUGUUAAACACAACUACCCUAGUGGUGGAACCCCUUGCUGGAAUACAAGGCACCGUCUCGGCACUUUACUGCGAUCAAGACAAUGGGAUGGUGUAUUUGGGAGGCUCUUUUGAGGCUGGCAACUCAAGCAACGCUGUCGCGUGGAAAAAUGGAGGUUGGUCAAGCCUGCCAUUUGCCGGUUUCGAUGCACCAGUAAACUCGAUCACAAAAGCUCCCAGUGGACACAUUGUCUUUGGAGGCUCGUUUACGGGCUUGGGCAAUAUGUCGACCACCACUUCUCUGAACAAUCAGCAGACUCAGGUUAUCAAUCUGAGUACUGCCAACAUUACAGCACAAGGAGGUUCAACACAGGCAGGUGUGAGCGAUCCGAGAAAUGUUGUCUGUCCAUCAAACAGCUCAACUACCAACACGACUUUCCUUUUAGCCGACAACACGCCGGGUUCCUGGCGCGCGGAUUUUGGCUUCGGCUUUCAACCUACCAAAUUGCGGUUAUGGAACGUAAAUCAGGAUGGCCGAGGCACCAAGACCUGGCGUUUCACGGCCCACCCCAUCGAGGGAAUCAUGAAUUUCACCUUCAUCGACUCCGAGACGGGCACGCGCGCGUAUUGUGAUGCAACAUGUCCACUGGCACUGAAUGCGUCAGAGCCGUUCCAAGAUUUCGAGUUCGUCAACUUGGUGGGAAUGAACAGCUUUACCAUCGAUAUCUCGGAUUGGUAUGGAGAUGGUGGCGGCCUGGCCGGUAUCGAGGUUUUCCAAGGCGACAUCUUGUCCUAUGCAGUCGAAGCAUUUAAUGAGCCUCAAUGCCUGACUGACGGCUUCCGCUCACAGGCAACGGCGACGGGCCCAUGGUACACAACUCCGUCUGGACAAAGUGUUGCCGACUACAUGACUGUCGUGGUUGGUCCCACCACAGUCAACAGCACCUCGAUUGUCUUUGAACCUGACGUACAAAAGAGUGGGAACUAUUCGGUCAUUGUCUACACUCCUGGCUGUCUUCAAGACAGCUCUUGUUCGGCACGUGCGAUUGUUAACAUCUCUGGCACACUGACAAGUGAUGGGGGUCAAGCAUUCAGCAGCCUCAUUUACCAAACGAACAACUUCGACAAAUACGACCAGGUAUAUCAAGGACAUAUUGAUGCCACCACCUCGAGUUUUCGACCGUCAGUCACAAUCACGCCCUCUGGACUUCAAAAUGAUCAACUCAUUGUAGCAUCUCGUGUUAAGUUCGGAUUUAUCUCGACCACUGGAGGUUUGAAUGGCUUGUUUGACUACAAUCCGGACAGCGAUUUUGUCAACACAGAUUUCUCACAAUCUGCCAUCAACAAUGCCGGAACAAUGUUGAAUCCCAAUGCCCACAUGUCAGCCUUGACGACUCGAGAUGAUACGAUUUACGUCGGUGGUCGAUUUUCCGAUGACGCGUUCGAAAACAUCAUGGCUUUCCACGACAAUAAUGCAACGUCUUUGCCUGGCGGCGGCCUGAAUGCUGCCGUUUCAGCUUUGUACAGUCUGGGCGACUUUUUGUAUGUUGGAGGAAAUUUUACGAACACUCAUCAAGGCGGAGCUGAUGGCUUGAACAAUGUUGCGGCAUAUCAAUAUUCGAAAAAUGCGUGGGUUUCACUUUCCGCCGGCCUGAACGGCCCAGUCGAAGCCGUCGUUCCUAUGACGCUCAACAUUUCUGGAUCGAUCCCGGAAACAGUGAUCGCAUUUAGUGGCACAUUUGACCAGAUCCAGGGCUCUGGCUCAACUUCCUCGGCCCGUGCAAAUGGCUUGGCUAUCUGGGUGCCAUCACGAAAAUCCUGGCUUGAGCACCUCGACAUCCAAAAGCAAGCUCUGCAAGGUCAACUUUAUGCCGCAACCUUCCUUCCAAAUAAUACGUGGCUCGGAGCUGGUACGAUUAAUUCACUUGGACUGGCCAUUAGUGGGGCUGCUGGAAUGAGGUCGCAAUCCGGUCAGGUGGCUCUUCAGCAACUUCCCAUUGAUAUCACCUCGAGCAGUACUCGGUCGAAUUCCAAGAAACGAGCUUUAAUUCAGGCGCAGAACGUGAGUGGUGUUACCAGUGUCGCAUAUUACGACAAGAACGGACAGAAUGUGACCAUAUUCGGUGGUCAAUUCAGCGCAACAGCAACAAAUGGAUCGACAAUCCAAAAUCUCAUGUUUCUGAACAGUUCUCACAACAAUGCUGUUACUGGCGCUCCUGCAGGUCUCGAUUCUAAUUCCACAAUAGCUACGUUGGCGAUUGUAGACAACCUUCUCUUUGCUGGUGGCAGGAUUUCUGGUCAAUUUGACAAUACCAAUGUCCAAGGUCUGGUCGUGUUUGAUAUGAGCACUGCCGGGUAUCGCACUGUCCAACCUGCAUCCCUUGAAGGCACAAAUGUCUUGGUCAAUGCUAUUGUCCCCCAAUCUGGUACAUCGGCUGUUUACGUUGGUGGAGCUUUUGACCAGACUUCCCAGGGACUUUCUUGUCCUUCCGUCUGCAUGUAUGACACUGCUACAAGCCAGUGGAAUACUGUGGGAACUGAGUUGGAUGGCACGGUCAUGUUUCUCUUUUGGACAUCUAGCUCGACCCUCCUCGCGACUGGCAACCUCACAGUGGCAGGCAAUCAAACCUCGCUGGCCGUGUACAACACCAAGAAACAGACAUGGACUGCAACCGCUGGCCCAGGUGUGCCUGGUGCUGUGACAGCAUUCUGCCCUGUUACCGACAACGCCGAUCAUUUGUGGAUAGCGGGUACAGCAAACAACGGCUCGACAUUUUUGAUUGGAAUUGAUGGAGACAACACGCGACCGGUUCCCGAUGCAUUCAGUAGCGGGACUACCAUCCAAGGCUUGCAAAUCAUGCCUUUGUCGAAGAAACAUGGCUCGACACAAUAUCUCGACAAUGACCGAGCUCUUUUGAUCACUGGACAAUUGAACCUUCCCAACUUUGGCAGUGCAGCGGCAGCAAUCUUCAACGGCACGACCAUGGAGCCCCUGAUUCUCGCUACCACGUCGGAUGGAGAUCCUGGAAGUAUCAGUCAAGUAUUCACAUCCAAGACCAACAAUCUCAAAUCAAGUAAUAAAUUUGGGCAUUCUAAAGGCAUUGCCGUCCUUGUUGCUCUAUGUGCAGCACUGGGGACAAUUUUCCUCAUAAUACUAAUCGGCAUCAUUCUCAAUCGCAUCCAACGUCGCCGAGCGGGUUACAAGUCCGUACCGAGUGUUCCAUAUGCGGAUAAGAAUUCGAACAUACAACGUGUACCUCCAGAAGCUCUGUUCGGCAAUAUGGGAUCGAACCCUGGUGUGCCGAGAGUGUGAAGGAGCCAAAGUGAAUCCAGCGAGGAAUUGUGAUUGGAAAAAGCAACACAGAGGAAAAUGAAAUGAUGCCAUGAUACCCACGAUGUUUUAUGACUUGCGAGAAUCGGCCAAAAAGGUGGACAAAAGGUCGAGCCACGAUUUCCUCACGGGUCUUGUAUUCAGCGCCAGGUGCAGGAUUUACAUAGACCGAUAUCGACCUGGACACUCGUCUACUAAUAUGUGGGCGGGAUAUGUCGCUUGUGACUGGGAUUAUUGCGUGGCGCUAUGGUGGUGAUAUUGAUUAUUUUUUGUCGAAGUUUCGGUCGGCUCUUGAAAUGCGUGGUGAUCCAACUUGGUCUGGCCAAGAUGAGGAGGGUGGAUUGCAAGGCAGUCUGUGAUCGACGAUUGACGACUGCGUGCUUCAAGGACUGAGAUGGAGCACAACACGAGCCGCGGAUGGGAGCAGAGCAAGGAGAAAAGCGCUGCAAUUCAGUCGAUCUACGCAUUUGAAAUGGACCGACCAGCCAUUGUCCCUUAGCGACUGAGAUGUCGAAUGGCAUAGUGGGAGACAGAAGAGCGUCACUCUUGAGCUUAGACUCGGGUGCAUGCUGUAAUGUAAUUGAUUGAUCCAAACAGGCUUUCCUCAUCAGACUACAAAUAGG